AUGGAGAAGAUUGAUUUGUCUACCAAUUCUAAAAAAAUUAAAGAAGCUUACGAAAAAGUUGUUAGGGGGGACCCUUCUUUUAACUACGUGGUUUAUACCGUCGAUAAAAACUCUAGUUUAGAAGUAAGUGAAAGCGGGGAUGGUUCAUUAGAUGAAUUCAUUGAACACUUUGAAGAUGGAAAUGUUCAAUUCGGCUUAGCUAGAGUGAUUGUUCCAGGAUCAGAUGUUUCAAAGAAUUUGCUCGUUGGGUGGUGUCCAGAUAAUGCACCGGCGAAAUCAAGAUUAUCAUUCGCAAACAAUUUUGCUGAUGUUUCUAACGCAUUAAGUGGAUAUCAUGUCCAAGUAACUGCUAGAGACCAGGAUGACUUGGAUGCUGACGAGUUCUUACGUAGAGUUAGUGCUGCUGCUGGUGCAAGAUAUUCUACUCAAAGCUCGUCUAAACCAGUUCCUAAGCCAGUUGCCUCGAAGCCGAUUGUUGCUAAGUCAGCUCCAAAACCAGCGCCUUCCAAGCCAUCGGUUCCUAAAAGUACAGGUAAGCCAAUAGCUCCUAUUACCCCAAAACCAAUCAUUCCUAAGCCUGCCGCUGUAUCUUCAAGCAAUGAUGACGGAUGGGGAGAUGAAAAGGAAAUUGAAGAAAGGGAUUUUGAAAAGAAGCCUUUGGAAGAUGUUCCAUCUGCUUAUAAGCCAACUAAAGUUGAUAUUUCUGAAUUGAGAAAGCAAAAAUCUGAUACUAUCUCUUCGCAACCAAAGCCAUUCGUCUCAAAAGAUAAGUCCGACGAAACUAAAAAGAAUGACGAUGAACCAAAGUCCUUAUCUGAAAGAAUGAAAACCUUUAAAAGCAAUGACACGUCUGAUGGAAGAUUGACUUCUUUACCUAAGCCUAAGGUCAACCACUCUGUUGCAUCUCGUUUUAGUCCAGCAAAUACUUCAUCAGAGGGUCCUUCAUUUGGUUCGAAGCCUGCGUUUAGUUAUGGCUCUUCUAAUGACAAUAAGAAGGAUAAAUUGGUUGGUGGGUUAUCCAGGAAUUUUGCAGCCGAAGGUGGGAAGACACCUGCUCAACUUUGGGCUGAAAAAAGAGGUCAGUAUAAAUCUGUUGAGCCUGAAGACAAUACAUCUCAAAAUGAGACCUCUGAGUUAGUUGACAAGUUUUCCAAGAAUUCUGUUAAUGAUGACGAAGAAGAAUCUUCUGAAGCAACAGAAGAGCCAACUUUAGUCAAACCAUCUACUGGUGGAUUCCCAGCACCUCCGCAAAGAAACUUACCUCCAAGAGCUGACAAACAAGAAGAGGAACAAGAAGAAGAAGAGGAGGAGAAACAAGAAGAAGAAGAGGAGCAAGAACAAGAUGAUGAUGAUAAGCCUUUUGAGCCACCAAUCAUAAAACCAUCAACUGGAGGGUUACCAACACCACCAAAGAGAAAUUUACCACCGAGACCUGAAGAGCCAGAAGAAGAAGAAGAAGAAGAAAAAGAGGAAGAAAAACCCUCAACACCUGUGCCUUCUUUACCAGCUCGCAACUUACCUCCACCUCCGGUAAGAACAACGGAACCUAAACAAGAAGAAGCCGUUGCUGCUCCUUCAAAGCCAACUGAAGAAAAAUCUCAAGUGAUUACAGCCAUCGCAGAAUAUGAUUAUGAAAAAGAUGAAGACAAUGAAAUUGAAUUUGCUGAAGGUGAUUUGAUCACUGAAAUCGAAUUUGUUGAUGAAGAAUGGUGGUCUGGUAAACAUUCUACAACGGGUGAUGUUGGUUUAUUCCCAGCAUCUUACGUUUCAUUACAAAAUAAUCCUAAAAAAGAAUCUUCAACUAAUGCUGAGAAGUCAUCUGCUCCAGAAGCUUCAUCUGUGCCUUCUUCUUCUGUUGAUGAUAAAAAGAGUCCUUCUGCUACUGCUGAAUACGACUAUGAAAAAGAUGAAGAUAAUGAAAUAAGUUUUGCUGAAGGCGAUAAGAUUGUUGAAAUUGAAUUUAUUGACGAAGACUGGUGGUCAGGUAAACAUUCCAGUAGUGGUGAAGUAGGAUUAUUCCCUGCGAACUAUGUCAAGUUAGACCAAUAA